UCAAUAUCUAUGUGGCCCUUCACCAUAUGUCCGACGCCAUACAUGUAUAACCAUAAAUAAAAUGUGUUGAGUGCGUCGCUAAAUAAAACAUUUCCUUCCUUCAUUAUCAAUUUGAGUAUGCUUUUUUUCUUAGCCAGAUUAAAGAGGGACAUGGCUUCUGCCAGAUAAAUAGAUAUACUGUGCUGUAGUCCGACUUCUAUAUGACAUUGUGUUGUGGAAUGAUUUCAUCAUAAAAAUAUCUCUGACUCUCUGAGAAGCAACAAAUGGUUUGUUUGGACAACUUAUAGUCACUAUGCAAUGGAAAACACCAUCCUUGUCAUAGUGUACAUCCAUAAACUAAUGGAGAGAGAUUUUGGAAUUUUAAAAUUUAAAUAAAAAAUUAACAUUACAAAAUAAAAACAAUUAAUAGCAGUGCUCCGUAGGCCAAUAGGCCUUUUUUGUUUUUAUAUUGGAAUCUGCACCUGACUUGAGGUUUUUACCGAAGCUGUUAUGGAUAUAUUCGUUUGUGAAACAUUAAAGGUGCUUUUACUUUAGUUUUUUCAUUUUCUUACUUUCAUCUAUUAAAUGUUAGUGCUUCAGUAUCUGUUGAUGAUCAACAGUUCUUUAAAAUUCAUUUCUGAUGUUGGAUGUUUUGGUAAUGGAUGGCUUCUGUCAAGUUCCAAAUUAUCUCAUUCCCUCUUCUGUCAAUCAGGUUGGUACUUUUGAUUUGUACUUUAGUCACUUAAAGUUUUUCUCCCAGUUCUCAUUUUCUCCCAUCCCUAGCUAUGCAACAGACCCAUUCCAUGAUGUCAGCCCACACAGAAUAAAUCUGUCCUGAAUAGGCUAUGACGUCAUUGCAUUUAACAUGGGGAGUAUUGUGACAACCCUGGAUUAGAGGGUGUCCUUGUAAAUGGCCAUAACUACUAACUAUGAAGGCAAAAGAUCACCAACAAGAUUAAAAUUCAACAAUAUUUAUUUAACAAUAACCUCAAAUCACAUAUGCAGUCGAACUGUAUGUUCACUGAUUUAUUUAGUAAUAAAAUUGACAUGAAUAAUUAAAUAAAUAUGACUAGGUUACUUUCAGGCUAUGCAAUAUACUACAAUUCUUAAAUAUCUUAAAAGACUGAGUCUUAUUCACCUAAGACAGGUAAGUUGCACUAUAAUAAUUAUUCCUAAUACACUAAGUCCUCAACGUUAUAAUAUAUACAGUCUAAAUUUUGGACCAAGAACAUCGAUAACUGCAAGAAUACCUAUUUCCACUGCAUAGGCAUCUCUCUAUCUUUAUCCCUCUCUAUAUAAUAUGCAUUAAACUUUGCCACAUAAAAAUCACAACACCUGGGGCAUACACCUUUUUAGUGUAAUGGGUGCUAUCUCCCUAAAUUCUAUGAAUAAUAAAUGUCGAAAAAAUAAUAUCCUUUAAUCUUUAUUAAUUAUGUAAUCAUUAAUUUUGUGAGUUUGGUCUCUAUAAGUUAUCCCAAUAAUAUUCACAUAUGUAAAACCCAUGUAAUUUAGUAUUCUAUUAAUAAACCCAACCCACCUCUUGGGGCGAAUGAUUGACCGAAACUCACAAAUCAUUGCGGGAUCCGUAUUUAUACCUCCGCCAAAAUCCAGCAAUACUGGUUAAUAUCCAGGACUGUAGAAUUAUGCAUUCCGCAGAGCAAGUAUGCAUUCUGCAAAGCAGGGUAAAAUCCAGCAGUGCGGGGUACAAUCCUGCAUUGCAGAAUUUGUAAAUCCCGCAAUGCGGGUUAGAAAACCAGUGACAUCAUUUACUACUGGAUAACGUCAUUAGGCCCUACAAACUAUUACACCUUAAUUACUAUGCUAUAAUGGGAACGAAAUAAAUACAAUUAGGCAUAUAUAUAUACAAAUAAAUAUAAGUUCCAUAUCCGUUCCAAAUCGGAUAUAAGUUACAUUAGUAAUAUCUGAAAUUACUCAUAUUUACCUAACUCACACAGUGUAACAGACGUCAAAAAUAGCAAUGACAGAAACCCGGAAGUACAUGGUAACUCUUAAAAAUCCAGAACAAGGCUGGUACAAAAAGCAUGGCUUCAAUCUUUUUACAUUUGCGGCUGUAUAAAAAUGCAAUUUAACAACUUAAUAACACUUGACAAGGUAAGUUAUCUGUGACUACUGAUAAUAUAAACACUAAUGAUUAUGUGUGUAAAUGUUAUACGAUAAACAAGGCCUCGGGUGUACUUUUUCUAUCCCACAUGACCGCAUAUGAUGGAGUCUAUUAAUCAUACAUGAGUGGUGGAAAUUUUGCCGUCCAGGACAGUUUUUGCAGGUCAACUAUGAGCCGAAAGAUCUUUUCACCUGUGUACUGUUGAUUCAGGCCGACAAAAUGUAUAGUUUUCAGCCCUUGUAUGUUAUUUUCUGAAGCUACAAUCUGAAUUGUAUCCUGCAUUGUAAUAAUAUAGCUAAUUUGGAUUUUGAACUGUGUUAUCAACUCAUCCCCUCUUCUUUCUUUCUUCUAGACUUUUGCAUACUGAAUGAAUUUGGACUCUGGAGGUUUUCUUCCAAAGUUUAUUAUCCUCAUGGUUCAACAUAAUCAAGUUUUAAAAACCCAUAGAAAGGAAACAUGGUGUAACAAGUGUACUGGCUUAAUGUCAUAACUUGUAACCUUGCUUCCCAAGUCGCUAUAUCUGUUGACCAUCAACAUUUAAAAAAAAAUUCUUUCUUGUUGUUGGAUCUGUUAAUAAUGGAUGGCUUCUGUCAAGUUCUAAAUUAUGUCAUCCCCUCUUCUGUCAAUCAGGUUGGUACUUUUGAUUUGUGUUUUAGUCACUUCGAGUUUUUCUCCCAGUUCUCAUUAUCCAACAUCGUACAUCAGUGGUGGAAAUUUUGCUGUCCAGAUGGAGGGUUUUCGCUGGUCAGUUACGAGCAGAAAGAUAUUUCCACGUGUGUCAUGUCAAACUGGCUGUUAUUUUGUGUUUAUACUAACACAUAAGCUUGUUACUAUUAUUAUGAUGAUAAUAUAAUAUAUAAUAAAGUUUAUAAAAACCAUAGAAAGCACACGUGUUGUAAUAAGUGUAAUUUUGUGAAACAAUGUCAUAACUUGUGACCUUGCUUCCCAAGUCCUAGUUCAGACUUUGUAUAUGAAAUAUGACGUCGUCUCCUUCUGAGCUUAGUUGUGGUUGAAACAUUUUGAAAUGGUCAGUGUUAUUCAUUAUUUUUUUUUAUAAUAAAACAAUUGUUGCACUCACUUAUCAGUCGUACUGAUUUUACGAAACUCUUAUCAGGAUUACCCUCGUUUUUGCUUCAGUGGUGUCUGUUAAAUAAAACAAAACAAAUUGUUGCCAUUAUGUCAAGUUUCCGGCUAAUAAAACCUUUUUGAAUUAUUAGAAUGAGAAUUUACUUACAUUUUCUUGUCCAGAAUAUUCAUAUCUGUAUAUCCAAUGUGUGUUUGGUUCCCCAAGUGUUUGUAUACUAGCUCAGUAUGGACUUUUUGCCAAAUACGUUUUUGUAUGAAUCAAUUUAUGUUUUUUCCUUCACGUCAAAUGAAGUCUAUGUUUAGACGGCAGAUUCAGUUCGACACGUCAUGCAUUUGAAGUGUAUCAAGUGACCUUAUUAUCACAAACAGCACGUGUGCAAACACCAUGGCGACUCCACAGAAAAAAGUUUUAAAAAGUUUAUAUACAAAACAACAAUUGUUGCUUAAUUACAAUGGAAAUGUUCAGAAUGCCUUGAAGCAGGCAUACAGAAAAAUAGAUUAAAUAAAACUAUGCAAUUGUUCAUGACUGACCAAUAAUUAAGCAUACAAAGAUGUUUGUGGCUGAUUGUAGGCUUAAUUUGGCUUUGAAAAAUUUGUAACAUUAGAUUUCUCAAAAUUGCAUUUAUUGUUCAGAUUUGUAGAGCUACAUGAAGCUCAGUUUUUAAUUAAUUGCAACAUAACAAAUAUAAGCAAUUUCACUAAACAUUUUGCAGUUACUAUUCAAAAUAAGCGGUAAAUUAAUAUGUAUUUAAUGUAGUUAUUAUGAAUUUGUGUUCUAGACAUUACCACACAGAGUGACUGAAACUGAAAGAGUAUUGAUAAACAAAAAGAAUCAACUGGCAGAAUUCGAGCCUACUGCACAAGUUAUAUACAGAGACAGAAGAGUUUAGUUAAGUCUUCCAGGAAUGUAUCCUGUAUAACUUCCCUGGGGAUCAGGAAAAGCAAUGCGUAUCUUCCAAACACAACAGCUUGGUAUAACCCUCCUGACCGUCUCUCCAAGUCUCUUGUACUGCCAAAGUGUGAACGGUCUAUAGGCUGCAUGCUUGUUUCUUUUACGGAGAUGUCUUCAACAGUGACUGCCUGUAGAGCAAAGACAUCAUUCCGGUACCGCUGCUGUAGUGCCAAGACCAUGGGGUCCAAGACCCAAGUAGUCCAUUUCCUAUAAUAAAACAAAAAAAGUACACGCUAAAAUAGAGAAAUACAAGUAUUUGGAAUUAGUUGUGUAUAUAUUUGAGAAAGCUUCUGUAUAUACAAUGGGACAUCCAAGAUACUCUGUUUCAACCAGAAGUACCGCGAAGAACAGUACCUUAAGUGCAAUAUGUUUUGAAUUUUUAAAUAAUUUUAUUAGGUAUAUACAUUUAUAGCUGCAACACUCGUGGGACUGUCCAUUUUUAUAGUCAGUUGUUUGAAAUGUAGUAUAUGAAAACUUGUUUCUCUUAUUUUACUGGAUGUCUCGGGUUGUUGUUUUUACAUGUACUUACUGGCUGUUGUCUUGUGCAUUUGUCAUUGUUGUAUCCACAGCACAAUUUCCAAAUCUGUGGUCAUUUCACGGCAGUUCUGGCAAACACACCAGUGAGGUCUAGCAGGUGCUACUGUAUCGGGCUGUUGUGGGUGCUGGUCAUCUGAUUUGACCAUUGAAGAGAUAUGCAGAACAAGUCCUGGACUCUUGUUCUGAAACCUUCAAAAGUGUUGUCCAGACUUCUUCAGACAUGUCUUCAAUGAGAUUCUGUAAAUAUAGGAAUAAUAUUCAUUUAAAUGGGGAAUUAUCAUUCAUAUAGUUGCAAGUGCCAUAUUUGCGACAAAUAACUACAUAUAAUUAAUUGAUUCCAUACACAAUCUUUGCAUAAAUAACUCAAGAAUACCAACCAGUUCUUAUAGAAUACAACUGAAUUAUGAGUGCAUUUUGAAUGUGUUAAUCACCCUCUUAAAAACUCCUUUUAUUUAGUAAAUGCAAUCAUUUGCUUGUAAAAUUUUUUUAUGAACAUAUAGUUCACGGUAUGAUCCUUACAUUUUUAACAAAACAACAAAUAGUUUAGCAAAGAAGUCACUGUUGUGCAUCUUCAGAGAUUUAGUCUGAAUGAAAUUGGCCUCUAGUGGGUUUCCUUCCAAAAUAUAUAUUAUAACUAAGUGUUAUGAAUAUGUAAUUACUGAAACGAACAUGCACAGACAUACACAUACUAUACACUCUUGGACUUGUAGUUACUUGUCAGUCAGCUAUUUAAAACAAGUAUUUACUAAUGUACACAGUAGCUGUGAUGCUGUUUAUAUACACUUGAUGCUUGACCGGUUCCUAUAGUGUGUGAACUGUUGUCAGUUCCUCCCCCCUUCUUUCUAUAUUUCAUGCUGCCUGUGCUACGCUGACUUCCAGGUCAUGUUGUAAUCAGUUGAUCUUUGAUGAUGGAUUUAAGAAAUUUGCAGAAACCAUCACAAGCUCUCUACAGUUCUUCAACGAGAGCUUUAAUAAAUGUUUUGGUAGGUGGCUUGGAAUUCAUAUUGGGUAUUAAACCAAUCAAAAUAAUACUAUUUGCCCACUUAAGCCGAACAGAAUAGAUACUGUGUUUGAAUGGCUGAAACCAAUCAACAUUUAACAUCUAUCACUUGUAAACUCUUUGCCAUAUAAAACCAUCAUGAUAAAUAUCCAUGAAAACAUCAGCUGGUAAAUUUCUUUGUCUGCACAUUUCACAUUCACCUUCAAAGCCAGGUCUACUUACUAAAGAUGUUUUAACAUGUACAACAGAACAAUAUUUUUAAUGAUUAAUAAAAUUUAAUAAAAAAAAUAAUGGUAAAAAACCCCAACCUAACUUGUCUUCUGCCACUUGAAGUACCUUUGCAUCACUGAUUCUAAAUGACCUUUGGGAUUUACAAAAUUGACCAGCCUCACUUUUGAAGUCAUAACAGUGCCAGUCUUUGCCAUAUUAAUGAACAUUUCCAUGUUCCCUGAGGAUUUCGAUGUAUUCAGCAGGCAGUAGAAUUGUUUCUUUUUUGAGGAUGUCCUGUUCAAUCCUACCAAAUGCCCUAUCUGCAGGAAGGAAACUACUAGUAUGACCACGGAUUGGGAAAUGGUAAUCGAUGGUACGUUGUGGAUGUUUCUGGUUCUGGAGGGCAAAUAACAUUCAUAACACAUUGAUGUUUUUAUUCAGUCCAUAGCACGAAUCAGAAAAUGUUCUAUUGGUGAUUUUGGUAGAACCACAUGCUACUCGUGAAGCUAGCAAUGGUCUUGGUAAACAAUUCCAUUGCUUGUGUUAGUUGCUUGUUUUCCACACAGCUAGAGCCUGUAGAAGAAGCUGAUCCGGAUGCCAAGCUUUCUGCCUUGGAAAGUUGUUCCAUUCUUGCCACCUUUGCUGCUACUGGCUCCACGGUUAGCUCGUCAAGAAGAAAGUCUGGUAAACUCGGGAAGUUGCUGAAAAGAUCUUUUUCAUGUAGAGUUACUGUGGGUUUUGGUGGUGAUAUUGCGUAAACUCUCCAUCUCUUUCCAACAUGUAUUUACAAUUUUCCUCGUGCGGCUUGUAUGUCGUCAUGUGCAUCUCCAGCUCCUCUUGCCUUUCGCAUCUGAACAGACAUAAGGUACAGUAGAAGGGCGCUUCAUCUAGUGGCACAUGGGUCUUGUAUGUGUGACUGACCACCCUUCUUCGUUCCCUAAUAUAAGAAAAUUUUCUGCACUGAUAAGCACGACCCUGAGCUGUCACCAUGCUGAUUUUUGCCUGCAUAUUUCUGAUUAUGUUCUUAAUAACUGCAAGAACAAAAUUUUAUCCAAGUAUAUUCUCUGAAAAUUUUUGCACCCUAAUUGUACAUGUCCACUAAUUUAUACCUUCUACUGGUUCUACAUAUAUUCAGUUGACACAUUAUUUAGACUUAGAUAUAUGUACUUUUAUCUGAUUUUACUUCUUCUCAAAUUGACUAGUUUAAUUUUAAUUUCAUUAAAACCUUUUCCAUCCACUGAGGGUAAUUUUUAGCAUUAUAUGGCUUCAGCUUGUUAUGAUGUACAAUCUUUGAGCUACCGGAAGCAUUGAAUUGGAUUUCAUAAUCUACGGCAUUCAUCCUUUUUAUAAUGUUAAAAGGACCAGCAUAUGACAUUUGUAACUUUUGACAUGUCAACUCUUUCCGUGUUUCACGUAAAUACCAUGCUAAAUCUCCAGGUUUGUAGUUAUAAAGUGACUGUUUUACAUCAUAAUUAACUUUUUGUCUAAUUGUUGCUUUCUGUAAAUUGUCUCUAGUGAUAUCAUGUGCUUUUUGGUUAGAACACCAGCCUGUGGGACCACUACUGCUGACUGUGAGCUUAAUUCAGGAUCAGGUUUGCCCUGCCCCUAGCCAAUCUUUGUAUGAGCUAUAUCAUUUAUUAUUUGGCUAAUAAGUCGUUGUGUAAUAUGUUCCAAAGAGACACACUAUAUAACUGAAAAUUGAUUACCUCCACAUAUUCCUGAUUCCUUUAUGUUCAGCAAAACACCCGCCAUUUGCAUUACGAUAAAAAGCCUUUUUUUAACCUUUCUUACUCAACUGUCUGCACCAGCCAAUGAUAGAUAGUGACCUGCAAUGAUACGAAGCAGAAAACAUAAGUAUAUAUUUUAUUUUAUACCUAUGAACACAUUAAUUGUGGCGAAGUGCCAACAAACUUUUGCAGAAUAAUAUCUGUAAUGUACUGGAAUUUUGUAUCAUCUAGACGACUCUGGGCAACCUUCCCACUCAUAGUUCUAUCCAGUAGUUCUCCUCUGGGCAACCUUCCCACUCAUAGUCCUAUCCAGUAGUUCUCCUCUGGGCAGCCUUCCCACUCAUAGUCCCAUCCAGUAGUUCUCCUCUGGGCAACCUUCCCACUCAUAGUCCCAUCCAGUAGUUCUCCUCUGGGCAACCUUCCCACUCAUAGUCCUAUCCAGUAGUUCUCCUCUGGGCAGCCUUCCCACUCAUAGUCCCAUCCAGUAGUUCUCCUCUGGGCAACCUUCCCACUCAUAGUCCCAUCCAGUAGUUCUCCUCUGGGCAACCUUCCCACUCAUAGUCCCAUCCAGUAGUUCUCCUCUGGGCAACCUUCCCACUCAUAGUUCUCCAACUGUAAAAAUACGUUUCAUGAUUUCUCUAGCUCCUGUAGGUUGGAAUUAAGCUCCAGUUGUUUAGUAACUCUUGAAGCUUGUCCCUGUCCUGUUUGGCAGUCUUCUCUGUUCACCAGAGGACUGUCUCAGUGCUGUUCUAAUGUCUGCAUGAUUAUAAUUUGUUUUAAAUAAUUCAAAUGGUGUUAGGUUUAAUAUCCUUCUGUCGGUGAUGCCUUCUGCUUGUUCUGCUGAUGUAUGUUCGGGUGGUGUGUGUUGCUGUGUGUUUUCUCCUGUGCAUGUACAUCUACAUUUAUUUUGCUGUGUUAGGACCUGUGUGUCAAAUCUUGUAUUGUGCAGAUUAAAGUGUCUAAUGUGGUCUUUAAUGUGUGGGUGUAGGCUGAAGAUAGGAGUGGAGUUAUUGGAGAGAUAGGAGGGGAGUUAUUGGAGAGAUAGGAGCUAGGGGAGUUAUUGGAGAGACAGGACUGGAAGGUGGGUCAGGUGAGCUAGGUAGAUAGGCAGGAGGACUGGAAGGUGAGUCAGGUGAGCUAGGUAGAUUUUGCAGUAGGACUGGAAUGUGAGCUAGGUGGAUUGGCAGGAAGCCUGGAAGGUUGAAAGGAUACUACUUUGCUAUCAAAAAGAGAGGAUGCUAGGCUUGUAGAUUCCAUUCUUUCUUUGUGUACAUUGUGUACAACAGCAGUUAUUUUUUCAAGUUCUAUAGACAGGUGCUGAUAGGAAUAGUUCGGCUUAGUAGAAAUUUGUCCUUGUUUUUGCUGUCCACCCUCACCAAUGCUCUCUAUCACUGCUUUGGGCUGGAAGAAUAAAGAAUUGCAUUAAACAUCUUGUCAGCUGCCAACUAUUUCAUAUCAAAUAUUAGUGACUUGCAAGUACAUGUAUGCAGUCUUCUUUUACAAAUUUUAGUUUCUAAAUUAUUUUUGUAUUUAAAAAAAAAAAAAAUUGGCUGGUCCGCAAGUGCUAAUACUAAAAGACCUUUGUGGAUUACCAGGUGGCUUAGCAGUUAAGAUGUUGUUAAAUAUUUAAAUUAUAAAACAUAUUUACUUUCAUAGGGCUUGUACAUAAAAAUAAUCUUGGAAUUUUAUAUUGUAUCAAUAGACAAAAACAUAGUGAUAAUAAAUUAACACAAACCUUCACAGUUGUCUUUGUACUUUUUCUUUUUACUAACUGAUGCAGUAGCUGUUGCCUUUGUUUUUCUUAUUGUAUGAUUUUUGGUGAAACAAAAAUAUAAUUUUGUCUGAAAUUGUAAUUACUUUUAUAUUAUAACUAUAAAGGGCUCAAAAUAUGAAUGAAUCUCCAAAUACAAUUUGCAUGGAAUCUAUGUGGAUUCAGUGAACAAAGUUCCAAAGUACUUUUUUUUACACAAUUUAUAAAUGAAACAUGCCAACAUAUCAGUGGUGAUUGGUAAGCACAUGUAAUGUGUUUAUAUGCGAGUUUCCAUUGCUUUAUGGAAAGGUAUACACAGACUUCUCUGUCUGAUAACUAACCAUUAACCCAUUUUCCUGGGCAAAUAGCUGAUGUGUGUUCCCAGGACAGUUUAUUUGUCCAAGUAUUUUAUGGAAUACCAUUGAUCUAUUCUGUAAAUAUGCUGUUGUUGACUACAUGUAUGACUAGGAAAAUACCAACCUGGAUUCCAUCUGUCGUUUUGUAUAUUUUGUUUGCAGAAACCAACAAAACAAAUUAAUUGAUAUGCAAAUACAAGGCACUUAAGGUAGCAUUAAACGUGUAAAUGAACAUACUCAAACAUCUUAUAUCAAAAAAGAAAAUGUCCAAAAUCAUUUCAUUAAUAUGGAUCUAGAGAGUAAAAGUACAGACCCUAGUUUCAGCCCGUGAAAAUGGACACUUCAGUUUAGUUAAUCUAUACACCUGCAACACACCUGAAUAACUUUACAACAGAGUGAAACUUGAGUCUGUGAUGUUGAUACGGUGAAAUACCCUUAAAAACAGACUAGAACUCUACUACAUAACCAUUACUUUUCGGACACAUGUGCAUUUUUAAAAAUAUGAAAAAUGCGUUUUGUGAUAUUGAUAAUAGCCAGGAUGACCAGAAACACUUCGGAUGUACGGAAAUAGAUAAUAUGAACAAUAAAAUAUAAGUAAAGUAUGAUUUCAGUUACCAAAAACAGCUCUAAUAGUGAAAAAUAGGUCUGUGUGUUGGUAUUAGUAAAUAUUAAAUUUAUGUGUCAGUUUAAAUACAGUGCGGUUUUGUCAUGGUUCAGAAGAAAACUUUGGACGUGUGGUGAUAUUUACGUGUGACAGUUAUUAUUCAGAGCACAGUUAUCUGAAAAGACAUGUUUGUAAUUGUUUGCCUACAGAGGAACAGAUUCCACGUCGUAUUUUCCGUGAUGAAGAUGAGUAAACUGUUCUUGAUCUAACCGUAUCAUCUCGCUCUCCUGUACCUUGUACAGCUUAACCCUUUGUUGUUGGUGAUGAUACUCGGCAAACGUUUCAUCUCUCUCUAUCAUGUAUCUGCACUUUUCCUCAUGUGGCUUGUAAGUGCUAAUAUGCCUCUCUAAUUGUUCUUGUCAUUGACAUAAACAUGAUACGAAAUAGUAGCUUGUUUAAUAUCCUAUAAUUGCGGAACUUAGAAUUAACCACCUCCAUAACUGAUCUACUGGUCACCUCCCAUACCUCCUGGCCAUAAUGAUGAAGUUUUUGUCGGCGAGUGUUAAACUCUGCCUUCUUUAUUAGUCUUCAUCAGAAUGGUCAACCCAUGCAUCUGAAACAACUCAUGUCCUUAGUGCAAUUUAAUUCUUCUCAACUUUGGGCAUGCAUCCUCCAAAAAAAACAAUGUAUUGAAUAAAGAAGAGUCGUCCUUACAUAAUUGUUUAUCACUCCAUUCCUGUAUUUAUCUUUGUAAUAGCCGAUGUGUUUCAUGCUGGGGUGUCGUUUAACAUUCAUUCAUUCAUUCAUUCAUUCAUUCCUUAAUAACAUUUUCCUUACAUGCAUGCAUUGCAAUAUGACGUCAGAUCACUGGCCAGGCAUAAUCAAAGGGAGUUUGUAAAUAAAUAAAAAUAAUGUAUUGAAUAAAGAAGAGUCGUCCUUACAUGAUUGUUUAUCACUCCAUUCCUGUAUUUAUCUUUGUAAUAGCCGAUGUGUUUCAUGCUGGGGUGUCGUUUAACAUUCAUUCAUUCAUCCUUAAUUACAUUUUCCUUGCAUGCAUUCAUUGCAAUAUAACGUCAAAUCACUGGCCAGGUAUAAUCAAAGGGAGUUUGUAAAUAAAAUAAAAUAAUGUAUUGAAUAAAGAAGAGUCGUCCUUACAUGAUUGUUUAUCACUCCAUUCCUGUAUUUAUCUUUGUAAUAGCCGAUGUAUCAUUUUUGGUGAUACACUUCCUUUUUUUGGCGAUACACUUCCUUUAAAACACUUCGAUUUGCCACAUCUUGAACAUAUUCAUUUUACACCUGGAAGAGGUCAAAUGUGAAUUCAAACUCCCUUGGUUUCCUAAUUUCGAUACAAACACAAAAAAACCCCAAAAUGGCUGAUGAUCCAGGUCACAAGGUGAUGUUGCAGUUCUUAGAGACUUUAAUGUACAGUUCGGUCCCCUUGACCAUUAGCCAGCUGGCAGGACGAUUUGGCAGUCGCAAUUUCACAUUGGAGAUGCGCACGGCCGCUGGAGGCAAUGAAGCUGGUCUGAAGAAAUUUCUGAAAUAUCCUUCACUGUUCACUGUCAAUGGAAACCUUGUGAGUUUGAAUGAUGGAACUGCUCUUGGGGAGGACUUUCGAGAAAGCAGCCCAGCUUCAUCGAGGACAAGCACCUCCGAUGUGUCAGUGGAGACCGAGGCUGUACAGUACUUUCGCAACCGGAUGAUCAAGAAAGGCGAGACCACCAUGCCAGUUGCCAGUCUGGCUGGCCACCUGUCGCAGGCAUCGCAAGCAAUCCGCGAAUGUGUUGGACCGCAGAAUAAGUUUCUGGAAUGGCUUCUUCGUCAUCCGUUAAUUUUUGACAUCAAAGAUGAUAUGGUCAGUCUGAAGGAUAAUGUCACGUUCAAUGCUAUGAAUCCCAACUCCGAGCCAAUCAAAGAUUUGAAAAUGACAUCAUCUGCAAGUCCGAACUUUCUUCUGCUGCCUAAUCAGCACACCCCUAAAUUGAAGAGGAGGCCAAAGUCUCUGGACGUGUCAGACAGUUACAAGACCCAAGCGGCAGUAAAGACACCAUCCAGUUCGAAUUCCAAGCCAGGUCCUGUCACUAUGACAGCUAAUGAGUACAAAGCUGUCAUGUUUAUUAAGAGCAUCACUGAGAAGAAAGAUGACAUGAAAGUUAAUGUCUUGUACACUCAUUUCAGCCAGGCUCCAGAAAGUCUUCGCAAUACCAUAGGAUACGGAAAAGCUGAAUUGGAAAAGUUUGUUCGUGCUCACUCUAACUUGUUCUUGGUGUCGGAUGAUGGGUUGAUAUCUCCUAUUAAAAACACUCGUUUGAAUGUCAUCAUCACUGGCAGUCGCCCACAGACGGCAGGCCGUCCUAAUUUGUCUGGUCGUAAGGGUAAGAUUUAUCAUGUUGCCAAACUGUGGGGAAUCAUUGAUCUUGGCAAGCAUGAGCAUGUCUUCAUAGACCGGACGAUAUUUGGUAAAGCAAUUGAUGAUUUAUGCAAAGUACUUGUGGUUGGGGAGACUGUCUGUUUUGAUGCAAUUCCCGCACCUAAGGGUAGUCGGGCUCGAUGGAGGGCAGUCAGAGUGUGGAAAGAGCACGAAUCGAUUGAAGAUUUAAUCGAGAAAGUUGCAGCAAAGCUAGACUUAAAACUUGAAGGCGUUCCCAGAGAAUCGGCCAAGCCUAUGAACAACAUUGAAGAAGAGAUGCAGAGAGAGAUUCCACACAUGAACGACUGCAAUGAAGCCACCACACCACUCAGCAUUGGAGGUGUGAAGUAUUCAUUCUCCGAUGCAGCUCCCAGUGGUGCAGGCAUCGUUCCUGUGUGGAAUUUUAAACCAGCGGAACUGGCAGGUCUUCAAGAUGUCGACGAUGACUUCAGCGAUGGUGAGGAGGCUGCAUCGCAGCUGAACAUGCUGGCGGAGCGCUACUACAUGAACCAGUCUGUGAUCAGCGACAGUCCACGCAGCAACAAGAGCAAUAGCAGUCCAAGGAACGUACAACACUGGUUAAUGAUUCCAAUUUCAAAUAAAUUAGUUAUGCUCAUAUCCAUUCAACGUCCAGGCAUGUCUAGUCUGGGUCCAGUCUCUAACAACGCCAGUGAUUGGGUUCAGGGCACGGCGUAAGAAGGUGCCAAAAAGUGGGGUGGGGGUGUAUAAAAACCAUCGCUGCUGCCCCCCACGCACACACACCCCUCAACCUCCAUUUAACACACGCACUGAUGUGUAAGAGUUAUGCUACUUGAGUACUUCUGUCAAGGGAUAAUGGUAAUGUCAAACCAAGGGAUGGUCAUAAUGACAAGCCAAGGGAUGGUGGCACUGGUAAUAGCAUUAUUUUGGAGGAAUCCUUUUACUUGUCAAGAACAGUGUGGUCUUGUUAUGUGCUAUCCUGUUGUGGGAUGGUGCAUAUUAAAGAUCCCUAAUAUUUAAUGGAAAAAUGUAGUUACUUUUCUCUCUACGGCAUUAUGUUAUAAUUACCUUGGUGAAUGUUUGACAUAAUAUUUUAAUCAAUGUACCCUAGACUAGUAGUGGUGUCGUUAAAGAAACAAACUCUGUCUUGUUUUCCAUGUAGACAGAUCUGGAAAACAGGGUGGUUAGCAAAAUGUGUAUUUUUACACCUAAACUUGUACAUAUAUUUUUAUAUACACAUGGAAAUAAGUCCACCUCUCCCCCCCCCCCCCCCCCCCCCUUAGAAAAAUGAUAACCACUGUCCUGCAAAUGCAAAUAUAAUUGGUAAAAUCCUUAGCUAAGAUGAGAAUAUUUGCUAGUGGUGCAGAGCAACCUGUGUCAUAGUUUGAAAUUAUUCUCAAGGGUAUAUCAUCGUAUAAAGACUCAGGUUGUCUAGGAAAUUUGCCUCAAAUACCGUUGAUCAUGUAUUAAGAACUUUCUAGUGCUCAUUUAUUGUAAAAUUGGGGAUGGAUAACUUGGUGAUUAAAACUAACAUAAGUCUCCAAAAAAUACCCACCCCAAAAACCCUAUAUAAAUUCAGUAUUUACAGACACAUGUUAAAAGUACUCCAGGACAUGAUUCCUAUAUGAAUAUGUAUCUUUUUUGUUUCUUGUUCAUUUGGUGUUUGAUGUUUUUUGUUUUAAAUCGUCAGGUACGAAGAGUUAUGCCUGGAAGAGGUCAAAUGUGAAUUCAUACUCCCUUGGUUUCCUAAUUUCGAUACAAACACAUUAUUAUGUUUGCUGUUUGCAUUGAUUAAAACUAACAUAAGUCUCCAAAAAAUACCCACCCCCAAAACCCUAUAUAAAUUCAGUAUUUACAGACACAUGUUAAAAGUACUCCAGGACAUGAUUCCUAUAUGAAUAUGUAUCUUUUUUGUUUCUUGUUCAUUUGGUGUUUGACGUUUUUCGUUUUAAAUCGUCAGGUACGAAGAGCUACACCUGGAAGAGGUCAAAUGUAAAUUGAAACUCCCUUGGUUUCCUAAUUUCGAUACAAACACAUUAUUUUGUUUGCUGUUUGCAUUGUCAGAAAACCCCCCAAGAAAAAAGAAAAAACAAAAACAAUAUUUCGCAAGUUAUUAGUGGUGUUCAACAAAUCAGACCAUUCUUAAUUUCAAAAACAUAUUUGGACAAAACCUGUUUUUCACUGCCAUGUGCAUUCAGCGUUAUAUUAUAAUGAUUGUACCAAAUAUUGUGUUUAGACUUGCUGUGAAAUGUUCAGUUAAAAUAAAUAUGGUGUUUGAGCACCUUCUUUGUAAGAUAAUGAGGGACAUAAACAUGACACGAAAUGGAAACUUCUUUAAUAUCCUAUAAUUGCAGAACUUAGAAUUAACCACCUCCAUAACUGAUCUACUGGUCACCUCCCAUACCUCCUGGCCAUAAUGAUGAAGUUUUCGUUGGUGAGUGUUAAACUCUGCCUUCUUCAUUAGUCUUUAUCAGAAUGGUCAACCCAUGCAUCUGGAACACUUUCCCAACAUGACCUGUCACUGGACAACUCAUGUCCUUAGUGCAAUUUAAUUCUUCUGAACUUUGGUCAUGCACCUCCAAAAAAAAAAAAAAAUAAUGUAUUGAAUAAAGAAGAGUCGUCCUUACCAGAUUGUUUAUCACUCCAUUCCUGUAUUUAUCUUUGUAAUAGCCAAUGUGUUUCAUGCUGGUGUGUUGUUUAACAUUCAUUCAUUCAUUCAUUUAUUCAUUCAUUCCUUAAUUAAACUUUCCUUACAUGCAUUAAUUGCAAUAUAAUGUCAAAUCAUUGGCCAGGCAUAAUCAAAGGGAGUUUGUUCCUUUUUUGAUGAACGUAAAAAUUGUGUCUUCUGGGAACGUCGUACCUGAUGAAGUCAUUUUAUAUGGGCAAAUAGUUGUCUUAUUGAGCAUUAUUGUUUAUGGGCCAAAAUUAAUUCAAAAUGAAUUAAGUAUGAAGUUUUAGUGUUAUUAUUAGCAUAAAAAGUAUG